AUGAAUCCAGGAGAGAAAACAAUUUUCCAAGAAUAUCUGACAAAUCAGGGGACUGUGGUAAAGCCCUAUUUCUGGCAGAGACAGAACCACGUCUGCGCUAAGUGUCCCUACCACGUGCGGACUGGUGAAGAAGCGAGAGUCCCUUACGCAGAAUUUCACAGGGUCUUUGGCUUCCCAUACAGAUCAACAGAAUCUCUCCCAAACAAACACCUUCUCUUCUAUGAGUUGAGGAGCUUCUCAGGCAGAGUAGUCCAAAAAGGCCACGCUACAAACUGUACUGAGCAAGACCACCAUCCAGAAUCUCUGUUGUUUGAGGUGGGCGGUUAUCUGGAUGCAGUUACAGAUGCCCAUGAAAACAUUGGCUACAUCCUCCUCUUUUCAAAUUACUCGCCCUGUAACGAGGCUUACCACUGCUGCAUAAGUAAAAUCUACAGUUUCUUGCGGAAGUAUCCAGGGAUCGCGCUCU